AUGGACUACGACUCCAUUCCGACGCCGGCAUCGUGCUAUGCUGAUUUCUGUCUGAUUCCAGUCGGCACGGGAAGCGUCUCCGUGGCAGAAGAAGUCGCCCAAGUCCAGCGCGUGCUCAAGGCGAGCGGGCUCAAGUACACGAUGCACUCUGCCGGAACGACAGUCGAGGGCAGCUGGAUCGAUGUCAUGACGGUAAUCGGCAAAGCCCAUGCCGCGGUUCACGAGAGGGGCGUUGUCAGGGUUCAGUCGUCCAUGAGGGUUGGCACGAGGACGGACAAGAAGCAGACUGCAGAGGACAAGGUUAAAAGGGUGGAGGAUCUGCUGAGCAAAGAGGCAAAAUGA